AUGUUUUAUUUAUUAUCACAUUUAAGUCUUGCUGCAAAAGUUGAUGUAGCAUUUCAAGUCAAGUACACAUCUUCAUGCACCUAUGAUCCGAGAUUGGCCUUUUUAAUGAUAGACAACAACGAAAAAGAAUUAAUUCCAACACUUAACAAGAACCAAACACAUGUAUUAGUAGAACCAGGUAAGCAUUUAGCUGUACUUUUACAUCCAUGGUGCGAUUUUCAUAAAGUCGAAUUUGAAGUCAAUGAAAAUGGACUUGUUCAAGCAAGUUCUGACGGAGUAACUUAUAAGAAAUACCCAAUUCCAAUUAGACAUCCAAAGUUAGCUUCCGCUAGUGAUCCACUCACCAAAGCCCAAGAUUUCAGCAAUUUUAUGUAUUUAAUCAUACCAGCAUUCAUCAUCCUUAAGAAAUUCAUUUGUCCAAAGAAUUUAGGCGAGAAAAUGAAAGCUUUCGCUGAAAAACAGAAAGCAGAAAUGGAAAGACUUCAAAAAGAGCAAGCUCAGCUGCAACAGCAGGCCAAAAACAAGAAGAACAACUAA